GCACAAAACUGUCAGAAUAUCUAUUCUAUAUAUUAUAUUAUAUAUUACAAACAAAAACAUUUGAAACUUUAGUUAAAAAAGAGAGAAUGUGUGAGCUCAUUGAUGUAUCUGAAAUAAUAAUAUUUUUUAGGAAAACCUGAAAAUUAUUCAUUUUAACAUUUUGUUUAAAAUGUAUUUUACAACACAUCGUCUCAUGGAAAAUAACAUUUUCGUUAUUAUAUCCCUAGCCGGAAUUCCAUAUUUGUUUUCGUUAAAUGGUGAUUUUGUUUUUGAUGAUUCUGAAGCUAUUCUAAAAAAUAAAGAUGUAUAUUCAGAAUCCUGGAUAGAACCUUUUUAUCAUGACUUCUGGGGCACCAACAUAUAUAGUAACGAGAGUCAUAAAUCCUAUCGACCCCUAACAAUUUUGAGUUUCAAGUUGAACUGCCUGUUGAAUAGGGGAGUAUUGUCUGCAUUUCAAUUUAAAAUAACAAAUGCUGUAUUGCAUGUUAUGUGUUGUGUUAUCAUAUGGAUAACAUAUAGAAUAAUUCUCAACAAGAUUAAAUUUAGUUCUUGUAAGGAAAGUGCAUCAAACAUAGCAUAUUUGGCCACUUUGUUAUUUUGUAUUCACCCUAUUCAUGUUGAAGCUAUAUGUGGUAUUGUGGGGAGAGCUGAUUUAUUAGCUGCAAUAACUUUCUUUUCAUCAUUCCUGAUGUAUGACAAGGCCAUGAGAGACACAUAUUUCUCUUGUCUUUACCUUAUUUUUGCCAUCUUAUUUGCUGGAUUAUCCAUGCUGUUUAAGGAAAAUGGUAUAACAGUAUUGGGAUUUUGUGUGAUAUAUGAGUUAAUUAUGAAUAUACAAGCUAAAGAAAGAAAUAAAUCUGGGAUUUUUCAAGGAUUUUUUGGAAAUAUUAUAUUUAAUUUCAAAUCAAGUCUUCGAGUUCUAUGUUUGGUAGUCUCUAUUGUUAUAAUGUUGUACUUAAGAUGGUUUAUAAUGAGAGAAAAACCGAUCUUCAAACAUACUGAUAACCCUGCUGCUUUCAAUCCAGAUUUUUUUACAAGGGUAGCAUCUUAUAACUACAUUUACUUCAUUAACUCGCUCCUUUUUGUUUGGCCAUAUUGGCUGUGUUAUGAUUGGUCCAUGGGAUGCAUUCCACUAAUUAAAGAAUACACAGAUAUUAGGAUAAUGUUUGUUAUUUUGUUAUACUGUUUUGGCUGUAUGGGCUUACUCUCAGUUUUUAAUGGAAGGAAUAGGAUGCAAACAAAGAGACUUAUCAUUCUGGCAUUUAGUCUUGUGAUUAUACCAUUUUUACCAGCAUCAAACAUGUUAUUCCCAGUUGGUUUUGUUAUUGCUGAAAGAAUAUUAUACAUUCCAUCAGCUGGCUAUUGUCUCCUUGUUGCUAUUGGAUUUCAUAAAAUCCUUCAGAGAAGACCCUUGAAUAUUUCUAGAAAUAUUAUGAUGGUUGUAUAUUUAUUUUUGAUAUUAGUAUAUGCAAUAAGAAGCUAUCAGCGAUCAUUUGAAUGGCAGACUGAAUAUAAACUUUUUACAAGUGGACUGAUUGUUUGUCCUUUGAAUGCCAAAGUCCAUUAUAAUGUUGCUAAGGUUGCAGAUGCUAACGGAAAUAUGACUUGGGCAAUGAAUGAAUAUAAGAUAGCAAUAAGAUUAUAUCCUGAAUACUACCAAGCAAUGAAUAAUUUGGCGAAUCUGUUAAAAAAUAAAAGACAAUUUGUGGACGCUGAAUUCUAUCUCAGAAAGGCUAUAUCUUUAAAAGAAGAUUUUCCAGCAGCUUGGAUGAAUCUAGGUAUUGUUUUGGCGAGUGUCAAGAAUUUUGAGGAGUCUGAAAAAGCCUACCAGAAUGCAUUAAAGUAUCGAAAACAUUACCCUGAUUGUCAUUAUAAUUUAGGAAAUUUGUAUCUUGAGCUAAACAAAACGAAUAUGGCCGUCGAACAUUGGUUCAGAGCAAUACAAUUAAACCCCAAACACAAUUCCGCAUGGACUAAUUUGCUUGCGCUAUUGGAUAACACAGAUCAAAUCGACAAGGCAUUGAAAUUAAUACCACAAGCCUUGCAAGAAUUACCAGAGUCUCCUUCGGUUGUAUUUGCGAUCGCCAAUAUCUAUGGGAAAAUCGAUGAAUAUAGUGAAGCGGAGAGACACUUUUUGAAGUCGAUACAAUUAUUUGGCCAAUACAUCAAGCCCAUUCAUUAUUCCAAUCUUGGAGUUCUCUACCAUCGAUGGAAAAAGUACGACAUGGCGGAAACAAUGUAUAAAAAAGCUUUAGAAAUUCAACCAAACUUUCAAAGUGCACGCAAGAAUUUAGAGAGUUUAAAAAAGUUAAGAUUAAGAAUAAAAUUAUAAGCUAUAAUGU